ACUGCAGCUCCAACAACUGCAGCUCCCACAACUGCAGCCCCAACAACUGUAGCCCUCACAACUGCUGCCCCCACAACUGCAGCUCCAACAACUGCUGCCCCCACAACUGCUGCUCCAACCACAACUGCAGCCCCCACAACUGCAGCUCCAACAACUGCAGCCCUCACAACUGCAGCUCCCACAACUGCUGCUCCAACAACUGCUGCCCCCACAACUGCGGCUUCAACAACCACAGCCCCAACAACUCCAGCACCAACAACGGCCGUUCCAACAACUGCUGCCCCCACAACUGCAGCCCCAACAACUGCAGCUCCAACAACUGCAGCUCCCACAACUGCAGCCCCAACAACUGUAGCCCUCACAACUGCUGCCCCCACAACUGCAGCUCCAACAACUGCUGCCCCCACAACUGCUGCUCCAACCACAACUGCAGCCCCCACAACUGCAGCUCCAACAACUGCAGCCCUCACAACUGCAGCUCCCACAACUGCUGCUCCAACAACUGCUGCCCCCACAACUGCGGCUUCAACAACCACAGCCCCAACAACUCCAGCACCAACAACGGCCGUUCCAACAACUGCUGCCCCCACAACUGCUGCCCCAACAACUGCUGCUCCAACAUCUGCAGCACCCACAACUGCAGUUCCCACAACUGCUGCUCCCACAACCGCAGCCCCUACAACUGUAGCACCCACAACUGCGGCUCGGACAACUGCAGCACCCACAACACCCACAAUUGCUGCCCCCACAACUGCAGCUCCAACAACCGCAGCCCCAACAACUCCAGCACCAACAACGGCUGCUCCAACAACUGCUGCCCCCACAACUGCUGCCCUAACAACUGCUGCCCCCACAACUGCAGCACCCACAACUCCAGCACCCACAACUGCUGCCCCCACAACUGCAGCCCCCACAACUGCCGCCCCAACAACUGCAGCCCCCACAACUGCAGCUCCCACAACUGCUGCUCCAACAACUGCAGCCCCCACAACUGCAGCCCCCACAACUGCAGUUCCCACAACUGCUGCUCCAACAACUGCAGCACCCACAACAGCACCUCCCACAACUGCGGCUCCAACAACUGGGCCUCCUACAACUCCAAGCUUGACAUCAUUGGCACAUCUACAGAUGAGUUUACAGUCCUUUGGAGCGGUCAGCAAUGACACUAUCAUUGAGCUCAUAAAAGAGUUCUUUAAUAAACAGCUGAAUGGAACAGCCCACACAGUCACUGUGACACUCAUUCAAAGAUUUGGAGUUGGCCCAUAGAAGCUUCAUGUGGACAGAAAUAGUCAAAAAUGGGUGCAUGAAGACAGCAGUUCAAAGUUGUGCUGAUGGUAUUGUUUAAACAAAAUUUGAAGGGGCAGUUCACCUCAACCGUUUCACCAUAUCUGGAAAGAUAUGACAGUGAAGACAACACAUUAAAUGUCAUUGUACUCCACUGUAUUGAGGUAAUCUAAAACCAUUAUCUUAAAAUCACCAGAAAUACCUGGAUUGUACUUCAGGUGCAAGUAAAAGUAUUUUUGAUAAAACACAGAGUUUUUGGAAUCAGUGCCAUCAUCUGCCUCCUUAUCAACCUUUUGUCAAAUUUAAAAAAAAAAAAAAAAAAAAAAACUCUACUUGUCAACAAGAGGAGCCAUUGUCACUCUAUAAUCCUUAAACAAUAUUCCCAGGAAUGUGAAGUGGAGAUGUGCAUUCGGCUCAAGUGUCAAAUUAUUUGCACAGUACAAUGGGAAGCUCAAACCACACAAUCUCACCUGUCAAAGAGGUUUUUCAAAGGGUGUCAAUAAUUCCCAUGUUCUCUAACCGGAGGAGCAGGUGCCAUGCUGAGAAGCCUGGUAACAAGGAAACACUCUGUCCUUUCAUCAUACAUGAAUGAGGAAACGUUUCACCCAUAACACUGGCAACAAUAACCUCAGUGAGUCCCUCGUACCAAGUGUGUGACGAUUGUUCCCCAAAUCUGGGAAAUUAACAGCCUGUGAAGUAUUACUGACAAAAUGCAGUCAUGUGUUUUGAAUGUGAAU